AUGACGGUUUCCACUCCAUUAACAAAAACUAACCUUUUCAAACCAAUCACUAUCGGUGAUGUUAAGCUAAAUCAUAGAGUUGUUCAUGCACCUACGUCAAGAAAAAGGUCCACGAAGGACAAUUAUCCUACUGAUUUAAUGAUUGACUAUUACAAAUCAAGAUCUCAAUACCCUGGUUCCUUUAUCAUAUUUGAGUCCAGUUUAGUGUCAGAAAGAAGUGGUCUUGUACCUCAUAAAAUAGGGUUAUGGAACGAAAAACAUUGUCUUGCCUUGAAACAAAUUGUUGAUGAAGUACAUAAGAACAAGUGUUUUAUCAGUUGUCAAAUCAUGGCUAACGGUAGGACUUCAAAUGCCAAACUCAUGCAAAGCAAAAAUUUACCAGUUUUAGCUCCAUCAAUUACGUAUCCUAAUGAAACAGCCGAAAAAUUAGCAUCUGAAUUGAACUUCCCAAUAAAGGCAUUAACAAUUGAGGAAAUCCAUGGAAUUCAAAACGACUUUGUUAAUGCUGCCGUGAAUUCAUUGAAAAUUGCUGAUUUUGAUUUUGUUGAAUUACAUGCCACUUCUGGGUUUUUAAUUGAGCAAUUUUUAUCACCACUUUCAAACAAAAGAACAGAUGAAUACGGUGGGGAUUUAAUUAAUAGAUGUAGAUUUUUGAUUGAAAUCAUUGACAAGUUUAUUAAUCAUCCAGAUAUUGGGGCCCAUAAAUUUGGUAUUAGAAUUAGUCCAUGGUAUUCCCAUAAUGGAAUGGUGUAUCCUGAAGAAAAUAAGCUAGGAAAUGGUAUUCCAUAUCAAUUUUGUCAGUAUAUUUUGGAACAAUUAGAGGAAAGAAAAUCUCAAGGAAAUGAAAUCGCAUAUGUUUCAAUUGUUGAGCCAAGAGUAUCUGGAAAUUCUGAUGUUGAAAGUUUUGGAAAUAAAUCAAAUGAUGGAAUAAUCAAGUACUGGAGUGGUAAACUUAUUCGUGCCGGUGGUUAUGCUACUAAUUUCAAUGUUGUAAACCCAACUUCGAUCAAAACCAAUAAACAGUUUACAAACGAGAAUGGCGAAAUUGUUCAUUAUGCCAAUUUAAUCAAUGACGUCAGCAAUGAUGAUAGAACAUUAAUUGGAUUUUCAAGACCAUUUACUAGCAAUCCUGAUUUGAUUUACCGAUUGGAAAACAAUUUGAAAUUGGAAUACUAUGACCGGCCAACUUUUUAUACUCAAACAGGUGACGGUUAUUUAACUUUCAAGAAUUAUGAUGGCUCACCAGUAACUCAGUUGCUGGAUGGGGAGCUUAAUCGGGAAGGAAUCUCAUUACAAUAA